AUGCCGACGAUAGAAGAGCCUUUUCAGCGCGUGGCAGUGGACAUCGUCGGGCCAAUCACUCCGAAGACAGCGAGAGGAAACCAAUACAUCUUAACGAUGGUUGACUAUGCGACGAGGUAUCCGGAUGCCGUUGCGCUUCCUGGUAUCACGACAGAGCACGUCGCUGAGGGUCUGGUAGAAAUGUUCACCCGGACGGGUAUCCCCAAUGAAGUGCUAAGCGAUCGGGGCCCUGCAUUUGUCUCGGAAGCCAUGCGCGAAGUGAGCCGCCUUCUAUCGCUCAAACAGAUCCAUACUACGCCGUAUCACCCGAUCCAUAACGGGCUAGUAGAAAAGUUUAAUGGCACCGUCAAGACCAUGCUCAAGCGUAUGUGUCAAGAGAAGCCCAGGGACUGGGACAGAUACCUCGCCCCAUUGUUGUUCGCGUACAGGGAGGUGCCACAAGCGACCCUGGGCUUCUCUCCUUUUGAAUUGUUAUAUGGCCGACACGUGAGGGGGCCAUUGCCGGUGUUGAGAGAGCUGUGGACCAAUGAAGAGAUUGAGUCCGAUGUCAUGACGACAUAUCAGCACGUUUUUGAUCUCCGGAACAGGCUGGAGGACACGUGCAAGGUAGCGCACGAGGAGUUGGAAAGAAUGGGCGCACGAUACCGCCAAUACUAUAACAAGAAGGCUCGUGCGAGGAAGAUGCAAGUGGGUGACCGGGUACUUAUACUGUUGCCGACAGAUCACAACAAGUUGCUCAUGCAGUGGAAAGGGUUGUUCCCAAUUGUGCACCAAAAAGGGGAAGUGAACUACGCAGUCGACUUGGGCCACGGAACGAAAUUAUUCCACGCCAAUAUGCUAAAAAAGUACGAAGAGCGGGAGGCCCCAGAAAAUACGGCGAAGAGUACCGAAGCUUGCGUUGUAGUCACCAUCGACGGGAGUGAAUGGGAAGACUCUGUGCCUUUGGAAUUUGGAGCAGAAAGAAGAUCACAGACAAGUAAUGUUCGCUACGACCCUGACGCCCCAACAACAGAGGCAAGCGGAACGCCUGGUGGACGAGUUUCAGACGAUCAUGUCAGACUCCGUAAGACCAUAGAGGACGAAGUGCAGGCAAUGCUACGCCUGGGGAUUGUCGAGAAGUCCAGCUCUGCCUAUAAUUCGCCCGUCCUCGUUGUUCGGAAACCCGAUAACACACAUCGCCUGUGCAUCGAUUUCAGAAGAUUGAAUGAUGUGUUGAAACCGGAUGCUGAGCAGAUCCCCAGGGCGGAUCAUCUCUUCGCUGACAUUGGGAAGAAGAAAUUCUUCUCAAGGCUUGAUUUUAGCAAGGGGUACUGGCAAAUUCCUCUCGACGAACGGCCAAAGACUGCAUUUUCAACAUCAUCAGGACUUUGUCAAUUCCGAUAUAUGCCAUUUGGAGUGAAGACGGCACCAGCAGUUUUCACGAGGCUGAUGCGGCAGCUAUUCGGCGAUCUGCCUGACGUCAGGUACUAUUACGACGACGUCCUGGUUGCCAGCGACACUUGGGAGGAACACCUGGCAACCUUGAGAGAAGUUUUUGGAAGAAUAGAGACGCUGGGCUUAAAGUACGGCCUACUAAAUGUGCACUGGGCCUGGAGGAAGUUACGUUCGUGGGACAUAACAUUGGACGAGGACAGGUGGCCCCAUUGA